UCAGUCCAUAAGAUUUAUUCUAGAAUAGAUUUUUUUUCUUGAUAAGUCCCUCAUUUCAUCUGUUGUGGAUUGCUCAACUGGAAACAUUUUAGUCUCAGAUCACGUCCUUUUGUGUUUAGAGGUGUUGCCACAUACGGAGAAAAAGAAAUCAUAUAGUUGCCACUUUAAUGUAUCCCUUUUGCAAAAUCUGAUAACUUUAAUGGUUCAGCCCACGUGCUUUUUAUAGAGGAGCGAAAACGGCCACAUUGGUCACUUCCUGGAUGUGAGAGCAGAUGAGGAAACGGUAAAAGAAUAACAGUAGCGCUUACUCUUUCGUGCUGUUCUGAAACAAUAAAUAAAGCUGGACUUUAACUGGAUUGCGGUACACCCAGCAAAGGAUGCAGGGUGCAAUUGCACGGGUUUGCAUGGUGGUAGCGGCUGCUAUCCUCAACCACCCAUUGCUCUUCCCCAAUGAGAAUACCACCAUCCCUGAGCAAGAUGAUGACCUCCUGGCCAGAAUGAAAGAGCACCAGGAAAAACUUGAGGCUGAACAGGAGCGCCUGGAACAGGAGAUCUCUAAGGCAGAACAAGCUCUGACUGGUGAUCAGGACAGUUAUGGCUGGUACUUCUGGAGUGCCCUUUGCCUUGUCAUUUUCUUGACAAUUGAGGUUUGCAGGCAGGAUACAGUCCAUGUGGAAAUUCCUGAGCCUGUUGAAGAUGAGGAUGGAUAUUCCAGUGCUGGAUAUCUCAGUGCUAAGGCUGUAGCCUUAGAUAACGGCAUCCUAAAUAACUUCUGCAGGACCCGCUUCCAUCCUUACGCCCAUGAGAGUGGAAGAGUACGGGAAUUUGUCGAGGGCUUUGCAGAUGAUUUGCUGGAGGCUUUGAGAAGUGUUUGUGAUCGAGAGGCUGACUUGGAGGUUGAGGACUUUGUUGGUAUAGGCAGUGUAUUUGAGUCCUGGAGAGUGUGUAAGCCUCCGACGUGUGACCUCAUUGUGCCCUUUGCUCCCCCUCAGCCAUACAGGUUCCAGUUUCAGCUCUGGUGUGACCCUUCCAUUGAUAUCCCACUAGAUCUUCAAGGAUGUGGAACGAUUAAACUAAUAAAGCCAAAUGGGGACUGUCUAUGUGGCUCAACCAAUCUCGGUGAUGACAUGCUGUGUCUGCUUCACAAUAGAAAUGACAGUGAAAAGCUUGGCGAAGUCACUUUGGAGGAACUCCUCUGUGCAAGGGACACUGCAUAUUUGUCGAAAGAUCAGAUCAUGAGAUGGUUCCAGAUCUCAGUGACCAAAGCAUGGGGACAGAUCUCUCAUAAGUAUGAGUUUGAGCUGGCCUUUCGGAACCUGGACUUUCCUGGAGCACUGCAAAUCAGAUUUAGGUCUGGAAAGACUGUCGAUCUUAACGUUACGCCAGCUGUUCAGGUUGAAGACACCGAUGCAUACCUAAUCUCUAAUUUCCCCUCUGAUACCAGUAACUCCUCAGACUCUCACUGGCAACUCUCACUCACAGUUUAUGAAAAGAAUCUGCUCAAACACUUCACUAAAAAACUUCCUACAAAUUCUUGUCACAUUCACUGUCUUCAGAUAGUGUCUUUCUUGCACAAAAAGCAGACAGCUUUGACUGGGAUAUGUGCCCUUACAAAUUAUCAUAUUAAGACUGCAUUCCUACAUCUGCUAUUGUGUAAACCUUCUUCAAUGUGGAAGCCGCAGAAUCUUGAUAACAGAUUACAGGAUUUGCUCAGCUUCCUUCAGAAAAGUCUGGAGGAAAAGAGACUCUAUCAUGUCAUUGUCGGGAACCCUUGCAUCCCAACUGAAAUUCAGAUUCCCAUAAUAUUUUGUACAGCAGAGCCACUAAACCUAUUUAGGCCUCUUGUUUUACAGAGGCAAAUAUACACCAGAAUGGUGGAGCAUUUUCAGGAGAUGAUCAGAAAUACCUCUGUGCUUGUUCAAGAAUAUUCUCCUCACUUUCCUAAUGGUCACACGGGCCAUGAACUCAGCUCAACAGCCCAGAUGUAGAUUGACUCAUGGCUCUGACAGGAGUUACUGGUUGAGUAAACUGGUUUUGAGUGCUGGGGAUUUCUAAAACCUAAUAACAUGAUUACGUUUUGCACUUUGAAUGUUAAUUGCAUUUUAAAGGAAUAUUCCGUGUCCAAUUCGAGUUAAGCUCAAUUGACAACUUUUGUGGCAUUAUGUUGAUUACCACAAAAAAUUAUUUCGACUCUUCCCUCCUUUUUUUUUUAUUUUUUUUUCUCCCCUUUUCUCCCCAAUUUGGAAUGCCCAAUUCCCAAUGCGCUCUAAGUCCUUGUGGUGGCAUAGUAACUCGCCUCAAUCCGGGUGGCGGAGGACGAAUCUCAGUUGCCUCCACGUCUGAGUCAUAGCGCGUGUGAAGGCUUCACUCUAUUCUCCGCGGCAUCCACGCACAACUCACAAUGCUCCCCACCGAGAGCGAACCACAUUAUAGCGGCCACGAACAGGUUACCCAAUGUGACUCUACCCUUCCUAGCAACCGGGUCAAUUUGGUUGCUUAGGAGACCUGGCUGGAGUCACUCAGCACACCCUGGAUUCAAACUUGUGACUCCAGGCCCCCAAUUUAAGUGCUUUUUAUAAAAUUAUAAGCUUCACAUUUCCGCCUUUAGUUUAAAUGCUCUAAACAUUGACCUCACUGUAACUUAGAUUUUUACUGUUUUAAAGAAAAGGACGGACGAGUUGAAAUAAUUUUUUUUUUGUGGUAAUCAACAUUGUCACAAAUGCAUUUCAUUGAGCUUAACUUGUAUUGAACCCAGAAUAUUCCUUUAAGCACUGACUGUUACUAAUGCCACUAAUGUAAAACUUGUGUUAUUCAUCAUCUGUGUGUGGCAGCUGAUCCUACAAUCCUUUUUUACUAAGCAAACACAUUAAUUACAAAUCAUAAUGAAAUCUUUAAGUUAUGAUAAACAUGUAAACUCUAUAACAUUAAUACAGUACUUUUCAGUAUUAUCAAGAAUUAUAAUCUUAUUUGUCAGCUGUCAAAUGUCAGCACAUAGCUGACAAAUGUAUUUUUACCCUCAAGAAUCUGGCACUGUCAUACCAGAGAUAAAGAACAUAUUUGCAUUAA